AUGAGUGGGUUAGGCCCACCUGGUGUUUGGGCUGCUCAGAAGAGGCUCGAAUCUUGGGCGAGAGCCGCGAGGGAGAGAACGUCGAGUGCCAGUAGCGGCCAAAGUCACAAUUCUACCGACAGCUUUGGAGAUGACAAGUCACAUGGCAGUCUAAAUGAGAUGCUUAUACCUAAAGAGCAAUGCCGCGUUCAGCCGCUGUCGACAGAAGGCCGGAGCGCUAGUUCGCUACCUCAUGCUCGCCUCGCCAGGACGCCUUCCAUAUCUUCGCAGAGCAGUCUGGACAGCGGCACUUCCAGGGCCACUAGUCACCGUGGAUCCUCGCCUGCAAUACGCACAUUCGCGCCAGAUGGGCGCACGCUCGAAGCAGGGACGAGCGCAAUUCCACGUUCUCCUUCUCCACUCCGCGCUGCCUCGCUCGAUGUUCGUGCAGCGCCACUUGCGCACGGGUCACUUGCUUCUCUAGCAGAUACACCGACGCCUUCAAGUCCUCGGCACCCUCCACCACGAUGUCUUUCACCGCUGUUGAUGCCUCCAAGACGAAUAGACCGAAGCAAUUCUCUGGUAGAAAGCAGCAGCGGCCUUGGUCCUUUAAGUCCUGGAGCUGGUGCGACCAUUAGUGCUUUGGGUGCUCUCCAGCCAGAUCUGUAUACGAAGAGGGAAGCACCACUUGUGAUAGAACUGGAGGGAGCGGGCCCCUCGCUUGGAAGAAUACAUUUGCGUCUGAAGUAUGACUUUGAUAGGUCGGAUUUGGAAGUGCAUCUUAUUGAAGCUCACGACUUGGCAGGUUAUGAAGCAGGAGGCUUCAACGACCCCUACGUUCGAGUGAGUCUGUUACCCGAAGUUGACACAAGAGUACGCCAAACUCCGGUGCAUCGCAAUGAAGCCAAUCCCUUCUUUGACCAGCACUUUAAGUUUCCAGUGUCGCAUGAUGAACUUACUGACAAGACUCUACUGUUGCAAGUCUUUGAUUAUGACAGGUUCUCACGUAACGAAGUGAUGGGUUCCGCAAAGGUCCCCCUCUCUCGCGUAGAAGUGGCCGGCGGAGCUGAAGUUUGGGCCGAGCUGUCCCGAGAGCGACGCCCCCCUGAAGAGUUGCAAGAACUGUUGCUCUCUCUGUCUUACCUACCGUCUGCGGAACGACUAACAGUCGUUGUGCUGAAGGCGAGGAAUUUGCUACCACCACAAGAAGGGAAGGAUGCUCUAGACGUGUAUGUAAAAGUAUACCUCCUAGUGAAUGGUAAACGUGUGAAAAAGAAGAAGACUAACAGAAAAGAAAUCAAUAAUCCAGUAUGGAACGAGGCUUUGUCUUUUAGCUUGCCGUCUGCCAAUCUUCAGGAAGCUUCCAUUGAGGUGUGCGUGGUGAGCGGCGGAGGCAAUGCCCUGGUGGUUGGGUGGUGCUGCGUGGGCGCAGCGGAGGCGGGCGCCGAGGGUCGCCACUGGGCGCAGAUGGCGCACGAGACGCGCAAGGCCGUGGCCAUGUGGCACACGCUCAGAUAG